AUGGGGUGUGGAGCAUAAAAAAAUUCAACAGGCCUGAAUGAGAAACUUAGAGCUAGGGCUUUAGAAAUAUUUCGAAGAAUUGAUAUCAAUAAUUCAGGUUCUAUAGAUAAAGAUGAAACUUAAAAAUUUUGGAAAACAAACUUCGCUAAAGUUAAUACAUAGGCUUUAUUCAAUGCUGUUGAUUUUGAUAAGAGCGGACAAAUAUCAGAAGAUGAAUGGAUGGCUUUUUGGGAGAUAGUUAAAAAAAGUGGUUAUACUGAUAAAGAAAUCUCUGAAGAACUGGAUAAUUUAAUGGAAGGCAAAGCUUGGGUAUAGUUCAGAAAAGUUGAUGAGUUUGUUAAGAGAGAUCAAUUAAGAAAGAGCAGUUAAGUUUAGUAAAUAGUAAAAUAAAAUUCAAAGAGAAAGUCACUUAUAUAAUAAUAAUAAAGCCUUCAUCAAUAAUGA